UCUCUUCUCUUCGAAAUUUCGAAAUUUGACGUUUACGUGGAAUUACAUUUCAGCCCGCGAAGAGAUGCGAUCCAUGGUGCUGCUCCCACAAACAGCAUUUGAUGUACUGGCGCUAAUGCCACCCCCCCCCCCCCCCCCCCCCAAAAAAAAAAACGCAUAUACCCCGUAUUUUGUGGCGAAAGACUAUGGUCCAAAGUUUCUUAACAGCAACGAAGGCGGAUACCAGGUGAUUCGACCAUUCGUCACACCUAUUACAUCCAGAGGUAAUUUCACUCUUUCCACCAUCACGAUGGAUCAGCUGUUGAGUAAUGUUACUAGCUUCAUAGGUCAUGUAGCCUUUGAGGUUCUUGAGGGGCAAUUGUCGGUUUUGAUGGGUGGAGAAGUGUUAAGUUUGUUGCAAGGUGAUGUUGUUUUCGUCCCGGAAAUUACUAUAUACAAGUACUAUAGCUUGGUGGCGUACACGAAGGCACUGAUUAUCAGUCAAGGUGCGGAGGGGCUCGAUAUGAAGUUGAUUGCAAGUGCCACUAGCUGGAAUAGUUUCGUUUGUUCAUAG